CAGCGCAGCGGUCGAUGCGGGUCUCGCAGCUCGACGCCGUGCGCGAUGCCGACGAAGCCGGCGAAGCCGGCGCGGCGUCCUGGACUACGGCGGCUACCACGCUGGACAGGGGGGCGACGUGGAACCCUUGGGGAGGCUGGACUUCGGCGACGAGAGAUACGACUGGAGCCAGCUCGCGCCCGAGUGGACCACCAGCGUGGAGAGGACGACCACUGCCGCGCCGUGCGGCUGGGUCGAGGAGAACAUAUUUUAUCCGGGCAACGACCUGCAAGACGGCAGCAAGGUCCCGAGCCCCGAGGAGUGCUGCGCCCAGUGUGCCCAGAACUCGGAGUGCGUGGGCUGGAGCUGGGAGAGGAGCACGUGGGACUGCGCCUUGAAGGGGAAUAAGCCCAGGCCGAUGCUUGCCAAGCUCGCGGACGAACGGUACGUUUCCGGGCAGCCGACGCAGGCAAGCUCGCAGCCGUGGUGCUCGUGUUGAUCGGGACGCUGCGCCUGCAACAGGACUCGGCGCA